UGUCCUGUGGGAGAGCAGUGGAGUUUUCCAGCGGCACUAGAUACGAUUCCUGGCAGCAAACAGCACAGCAAGGAAGGAGACUUUUCCAGAUCUUUGGGAGGAAGAAAAACUACUCACCUCGCAAAAGCCCAUGAAGGGAUAGUCAGCAGGAGAAUCGCCGAGUCCUACAUUGGGAGUAGCCAUAUCCUUGAGCGCUCUCGUCAAGCCAUCCAGCUUCUUUUCGCCGACCAGGACGCCAUGCGAGUCGCAAAGCCCCGUAGCUCUGCCUCUGAAGCUCGUGAUUCCGGUUCCUACUAUCAUGUCCGCUCCAAGGUAGCGUUUUGCAAACGGCUCCACCAUGAUCCGGGGCAACUCCGUGACAAUGCAGCGGAAUCCAAACGACGUGAAGACUGUGUAGCUGCUGGCGCGGAUCCUGUCGCCGUAGAACUUGGAGAGCACUCCCAGGGAAAUGAGCUCGAUGUCGGAAAGCUUAAGGCCAGCGAAGGUGACGAAGAUCAUGAGCUUCACGGACGAUCCAGCCGACAAGAAGUGACUGAGGAAGAAGACGAGCGGAAAGAGCAGGAGCAGGAGGAGGGCUCGUAUGAAGCCUCCGGCCUCGAAAGCUACGAGCAUGAAGAACGGGAACGGGCUCUUCUCCAGAACAAGCGUGCCCAGGAAAUUGGAGACGAUCGAGUGGUGCGUCCUGGCCUGGUUCUUGCAUUUGGAGACGAGUGGGAAUGGCUGGAGAUGGUAGCGGAUCCCAGUGAAGAAGCUGCUGAAGAUGGUCGUGAGUGGGAGAUUCUCCAUUUUCCCGGGGCGCGAUGUGGAGAGAUGUCUCUAGCGUCAGCGAGAGGUAGCUGCCUGGAAUCCCAUCGGCUACCUCGCGCUGGAGUGGGAUUUCGCGACGAGGUUUAAAGAAUCGAUCGACGUGCAAUUGCUCGCGGUGGGUGUGGAGGGUGAAAUUCAUUUUAUGAGGCCAACACUUGGAAAAGGUGCUCCAGGCGAACGGCACGGCCGAGGACUGAGGCUUUUCCCACCAAACUCACCACUGUGUACUCGCAGCCCAGGUAUUCAAACAAGUGAUAGAACUAAAGACUAUCGUCCAUCUUUGACUCCUCGAGCUUUGCGUAGACAACACGAGUAUUGCGAAGAAUUGGUAUCAGCACAGGAUGAGGCCAGUUGCAAGUAAAUAGAAGCGGAGCUCCCUUGACACAAUCGGAUUCUGCGCGUCAUCUCUGGUGGAAUCCCACAGAGUUCUUCCAACCUUGCGGCUUCUUCCAAGGGCCUUGCUUGGCAUGCUGCUGAGAUUAAACGCGAGUGUCACGAAUGCUAGAGACCAUCUCGUGACGACGCUCUGUAAGUUUUGCCUUUGUUAUAUGAAAAGAGAAACGAGAGUAGUAUGCUACCUCAAA